GUCAAUGUCAAAAAGCCACGGCGAAGGAGGAAGCUUAAACGCUGACAUGCCAUAGCAUGUUGCUUGUCCCACCUCUGUACAAAGGUUCUAGAGGCUACUUAGUCCUGUUGAAGCCCAAGUCCGUAACAGAUUGAUUUAAUACGAGAAAUGGCCCACGAUUUCCAGCGUAAUUUGAGACGCAACCUGCCGGGAUUCAAGGCAAGGAAUGUCGAACAGGGCGCACCGUCUCUGCCUGCUAAGUUGCACGUGGAUAGUAACCUGCCAGCAGAAUGUCAAGAAGAGCUCGUCCAAGAAUGGCCUACCAACGAAUUUAGUUCCAGUGACAGUGAAUACGAUUCGCCCGUCGAAGAGGACAUGUAUGAGGAACCCGAGCCAGAGGCAAAAAUGCCUUUCUCUUACAAGACGAAUAGUGCUGAAAAACCCUAUAUCGACGGUGUACGUUCUCCAUGGGAAAACAAUCAACAACAACAACCACAACCACCACAACCACCACAACAUGAGAUUUAUGAAACAGCUGAGGAUUCCUAUAUCGAUCCUAAUCCGAAUCCGCCUCCUCAGGUGAUAAGGAGUUUAAAGCCAAUGCAAGCGAAUUAUGAAAGGGGCCGUGGUAUUGUAACCCCAGAUCCACCCAGGCCCCCUGCUUUAAAAAACCCAGAUUUCAGACCUCCAGUGUCCAUUGCAAGCCAUCCCGCAUCUAAUCCAGUCAACCCCAGGCAAGGUUUUGUGCCGACGCUGGCCAAUCAAGAUAUCCCUGCGGCAAGAAAAGUGUGCAAUCAAAAUCCAAAGAAUCCACAGGUGCCAAAAAAGCCACCAAUCCCUGGAGGUGGCACCAAGCAAAUCAAUUCAGAAUAUCGCCCGCCUGUUCCAGAGAGUGGCAGACCAAAGAUUGGACAAAAUCCUGGACGUAAAAGUGACCAGGCACCAGCAAUCAAGAAAGAAGAAAACAAUGACUGUGAAGAAAUGCAGGGGCCAACUCCAAACAAACUGGUCAUUCCCAACCAACUUCCUGGUCUAAUCGCUCUGGGAGGUGAUAAAGGAAAGUUAAAAGCAACCAACGGACCAAGAAAACUGUCGGAUGUCAGUGCACAAGCGUCUUCUCCUACUAACUCAGCUGGAGAAAAAAAUGGACGACUGGCACUAGCUGAUUCCUUGAAUAAUAUGAUGAAAUUAAGAAACAAAAAUGACAUGGACUCUCAGACCUGGUACACAAACAGCUGUGAUCGACCUAAAGCUGCGAAGGCCUUGGAGAAAAUGGGAAAGAGCGGCGCUUUCCUGGUGCGGAAAAGUGCUCAGGCUUGCAAGGAUCAACCGUACACGCUUUCGCUACUCUACAAAGGCACGGUGUACAACCUGAGAAUUCGAUGGAUGGAGGGUGUUUCCAAGUACGCUCUGGGUAAUGAGAAGGAAGGGGAGGAGAUAUUUGACAGUGUUGUGGAAAUGAUUGAAAAUUAUCAAAAAAGGCCACUCAACCUGAUCUCUGGCCAACAGGGAGAGAUUAGCCAAUGCAAGCUGGAGUAUCCUGUGAAAAUUCCAUCGGGUAAUUGGUCUUAAGUGACUUAGCUAUUAAUUUUACAAUGAGCCGGUUCAACUGUAAUGAGUAACAUUCGACAAAACACACGAUGUUAAGAAAAAACGUCUUGAAAUACAAUUAAUAAAUAUAGUACGGAGGCACAAUUAUUGUUAUUAUAUUAAAGGUACAGUAUAUUACACAUAGAAGCCAUGAGUAAUGAUACAAACAAUCUAAUUACUAGUUUUGUAUAGCAUCAUUGAUGCAAAUUGCAGCUCACAAUCGCUGAAGAACCACAAACAAGCUGGAAGACUGCCAAGUGGCGAGCCGUCAAUGGUCUGCAGUUCUCUAUGCAUUAAGAUGUUUUCAGCCAAUUAGUGAGUGUUUAUAUAUGUACCUGUAGCAUGCUUGCUUUUGUCAAUAAUGUCACUCCUAGUGACAGCUGCCACUUGACAUCCAUACGUAAAAAUGCUUUUAAGAGUGAUUUUUACUUUAAGGUGAAAGUUAAUUAACAUAUCGGACAAUUUUAUACGUGGAAUAAUACAUUUGGUAUAUCGCAGGAGAGCUGGCGGAUGGUUGGGGAGACCUUUAUUUGGCAGUGAACUGACGAAAGUUGAUAAUGAUAAUGUAAUUGGGAUGAAGAUUUGAGUUAUUUUUUACAAAAUGCAUAUGGUUAGUUUUACGCAUUUUUGGGUUUUUUAAAUGAAUGUUAUCGUCAUUGUUAGUUUAAAAAAUUAUUACUUGUUAAACACUUUUCUAGUUGCAUGAAAGUAGGUACUUAUAUGUUAUAUGUUUAAAUAUAAGCACCCAUGUUAAUCUGAAAACUAAUAAAACAUUUGAUACCUUUA